AUGAGCGCAAGAGAAUCCGCACCAAAGCGAGUCAAGGUCGAUGGCCAAGAACACAUCAUCACGCACAGCGGCACCUUCCACGCCGACGAGGCGCUCGCCGUCAACCUCCUCCGCAAGCUCCCUCGCUUCGCCUCCGCCCCGCUCACCCGCACUCGCGACGCAGCCACCAUCGACAGCGGCUCCAUCGUCGUCGACGUCGGCGCUACCUACGAUGCCGCCAACCACCGAUACGACCACCACCAGCGCGGUUUCGAGGAGGUGUUUGACGCCAACCACUCGACCAAGCUCUCGUCUGCUGGUCUCGUAUGGAAGCACUUCGGCCAGGAGAUCAUCGCUGCGCACCUCAGCCUCGAUGCGACUGCGCAGAAGGACGUCGUGGACCUGCUGUGGCUCAAGCUGUACGACGACUUCGUCGAGGCGAUCGACGGCAUCGAUAACGGCAUCUCGCAGUACCCGUCCGACCUCAAGCCCAAGUACAAGAGCAGAACCGACCUGAGCGCUCGCGUCGGCUACCUCAACCCAAGCUGGAACGAGAAGUCGGACAACACCGAGCUCGAUGCGCGCUUCGAGAAGGCCAGUGCCAUGGCCGGGCAGGAAUUCUUCAACCGCCUCGACUACACCUACAACGCCUGGCUGCCUGCACGUCAGAUCGUCGUCGACGCACUCAACAGGCGGACGCACCCGCAGCUGCUCGUCUUCGAAGAGUUUGCCAGCUGGAAAGACCACCUGUUCACGCUCGAGAAGGACCUCAACAUCGCCCCCACCGAGCGACCCAUCUACGUUGUCUACCCGGAUGAGAGUGGCAAGUGGCGCAUUCAGGCCGUUCCCGUCUCGCCGGAAUCCUUCGUCUCUCGCAAAGCUCUGCCGGAGCCAUGGCGCGGUAUCCGCGAUCAGGCGCUGAGCGACCUCACCGGCAUCCCUGGCUGCAUGUUUGUCCACCAAUCCGGCUUCAUCGGCGGGAAUGCGACGCGCGAAGGAGCGCUCAAGAUGGCCAAGGACGGUCUGGCGCACACUGGUGUCCCCUUCAUCCACUCGGCUCCCGUCGCCGGCGAGUCGGACGCCCACUCGCACAGUCACAACCACGACCACGGCCAUACGCACGACAUCAUGGACCACCCAGGCAAGUUCAACGACCGCGAGCUGCCCAACUACGAGAACCGCAACUGGGACGAGCGCGCCUUCACCGUCGGCAUCGGUGGUCCCGUCGGUUCGGGCAAGACCGCUCUCCUUCUUUCGCUCUGCCGCAAGCUGCGUGACACGUACAACAUCGCUGUGGUGACGAACGACAUCUUCACGCGGGAGGAUCAGGAGUUCUUGCGCAAGCACAGCGCUCUCACGCCCGAGUCGAAGAUCCGCGCCAUCGAGACGGGCGGUUGCCCACACGCGGCGAUUCGCGAAGAUAUCAGCGCCAACCUCGAAGCACUCGAACAGCUGCAGGCGGAAUUCUCCACGCAACUCCUGUUCGUCGAAUCGGGCGGCGACAAUCUCGCUGCCGCCUACAGUGUCGAGCUCGCCGACUUCCAUGUGUACGUCAUCGACGUGGCGGGUGGAGACAAGGUGCCACGUAAGGGUGGGCCGAGUAUUACGCAGAGCGACGUGCUCGUGAUCAACAAGAUCGAUCUCGCCGAUCAGGUGGGCGCCGAUUUGGCGGUCAUGAAGCGCGAUGCGGAGAAGGUGCGCGAUGGCGGACCCACGGCGUUUACCAGUGUCAAGCUCGAUCAGGGUGUGGAUGCCGUGGUGGAGAUGGUGUUGGCCGCGAGGAGGAUCGCGGGCGCGGAUAAGGCGGGCAAGCCGGUCAGCAAGUAG